CAUCUCCAGAAUGAUCAACACUGUCGACAAUACGCUCACAUUUGCCGACGGCUCCUACAUUACAAGACAGCAAAUGGAGCUCAUGUUUGACCAUGAAUUUGUGGCAAAUAUCUUCAAUUUUAUGGUUCUGUUGAACAAUCUUCAACUCAACGACACAGAAGUUGGUCUCUUCGCAGGCGUUGUUUUGCUUCAAUCA